CAAGAAACAAAUAUUUAGUGGCAGGAUAAUGGCUUCUUCGACUUCAAAACCAAGGCUUGAAAAUAAGGUAGCUAUUGUUACGGGUGGAGCUCAAGGGAUUGGAGAAUGCAUUGUGAGGUCGUUCGUAAAGCAUGGAGCAAAAGUAGUUAUUGUUGAUGUCAAAGAUGACGAGGGAGAACUGGUUUGCCAAGACUUGGGUGCAGAGUUUGUAUCUUUCGUUCACUGUGAUGUAACCCUUGAAUCAGAUGUAGAAAACGCCAUCAACACCACCAUCGCUAAGCAUGGACAAUUAGACAUCAUGGUUAACAAUGCAGGAAUAAUUGACGAGCCAAAACUUAGCAUUUUAGACAAUGAUAUGGCAGCCUUUGAGCGUGUUAUCAGUAUCAAUCUAACUGGAGUGUUCUUGGGAACCAAACAUGCAGCACGGGUGAUGAUCCCAAAAUGCAGUGGGAGCAUCAUCACGACUGCAAGUGUAGCUUCUAUCACGGGUGGGUGUACAUCUCAUGCAUACACAAGCUCAAAGCAUGGUGUGGUUGGACUAGCAAAGAACGUUGCUGCUGAAUUAGGAAAGUAUCAAAUCCGCGUUAAUUGCAUAUCACCCUAUUUUAUACCAACUCCACUGGCACUUAAGUUCUACUCCAUGGAUGAAAACUCAACUGCUUACUCCAACCUUAAUGGCAAGACACUUAGGCCACAAGAUAUUGCAAAUGCAGCUCUUUUUCUCGCAAGUGAUGAGUCAGAGUAUAUGAGUGGACAUAACUUGGUCGUAGACGGUGGUUUCUCCGUUCUCAAUCCUGCAUUUGGCUUGUUUUCGAUAGAAUCCUAAAUCCUCACAUCAUUCUUGUGUUUGGUGUGCUUGCGUCUGUUUCCUUGUUUUUAGUUGAAUAACGUCAUAUUUGCACACAGUUCUUAUAUAAAACUAUAUAAGCACAUGUGACAAAUUCUAGACAUCUUAUGUAAUUUAU